AUGAGCUUUGCUAUUUCCCAAACGUCCUUGACCGCGCGAUCCUCCUCCGCGUUCACCUCCUCCGUUCGCGUGAACAGGGCCACCAGAAUGGCAUCACGUCACUCUUCCUCGUCAUCGAAGGUGUCUCUGGUGACGAAAUGCGAAGGUCCUACGGCGAAGAACUUGGAGAUCAUGAGAAAGUUUUCGGAACAAUACGCGCGAUCGAGUGGAACGAAGUUUUGCAUGGACAAAUCUGUCACCGCAGUUGUCAUUCAGGGUUUAGCCGAGCACAAAGAUACUCUCGGCUCGCCGCUGUGCCCGUGCCGUCACUACGACGAUAAAGAAGCCGAAGUGAAGGCUGGUUUCUGGAACUGCCCGUGCAUCCCGAUGCGCGAGCGAAAGGAGUGUCACUGCAUGCUUUUUCUCACCGAUGAUAAUGAUUUUGCCGGGGAUGACAGCACGAUUACGAUAGAGGAGAUUAACGAAGCGAUCGAAGACAUGUAA